AUGUCCUUUCGUGGUGACUCGAGUUGGAUCAUUGCUGGUUUUGGAGGUGAAAAACAAUUGCUUGGUUUUGCAAAUGGAUGGUCUAAGGGUAAAGCGUAUUAUGAAGCCCAUCAAACAUUCAGGUGCGCUCUUGAAGAAAUAGUAUCAACCAUUAAAUGGAUUGUGAAGGAUCCAAAAACUAACGCUCACAUCUCAGAAAAGUAUAAGAAAAGGCUGUCGUUGCUCGAUGAAGAAAUAACAAUUUUAAACAAAGAGGCCGAUGUUCUGUUGCGUGGAAUGGAACCAUUAAUAUCAUCAUCAUAA